UUCCUGCACCAGCAUUACCACUAACAGUAACACCACCAACGCUAGCACUACCGCCUGCACCUGCACCUCCAGUAGUACCGGCACCUCCAGUAGUACCGGCACCAGCACCUCCAGUAGUACCGGCACCAGCACCUCCAGUAGUACCGGCACCUGCACCUCCCGUAAUACCGGCUCCUGCACCUCCCGUAGCACCGGCACCUCCAGUAGUACCGGCACCUGCACCUGCAUUAGCACCUCCAGUAGUACCGGCACCUGCACCUGCAUUAGCACCUCCAGUAGUACCGGCACCUGCACCUGCAUUAGCACCUCCAGUAGUACCGGCACCUGCACCUCCAGUAGUACCGGCACCUGCACCUGCAUUAGCACCACCAGUAGUACCGGCACCUGCACCUCCAGUAGCACCACCGGUACCAGUACCUCCAGUUCCAGUACCACCGGUACCAGUACCUCCAGCAGCACCACCGCUACCAAAAUUCAGUUUUUGGUCAUAUUUAAAGUGCCAAUUAAUUUUGUCGUCGUCGUACAUUAUUUAUUUGGCAAGCGAAAACAUGUUACCACCACAUUUGGAAUGUCAUGACGAUUGGAAAGGAGCACCAAUUUGGGAAUGCAAAUCGGUAGUUGCUGCUCACUUACCUGCGCCAGUAUUACCUCCAAUAGUAAUACCACCAAUACUAGCACCUGCACCUGCUCCUCCAGUAGUACCAGUACCAGCACCUGCACCUCCAGUAAUACCUGCACCACCAGUAGUACCGGCACCUGCACCACCAGUAGUACCGGCACCUGCACCACCAGUAAUACCGGCACCUGCACCACCAGUAGUACCGGCACCUGCACCUCCAGUAGUACCGGCACCUGCACCUCCAGUAGUACCACCGGUACCUCCAGUAGUACCACCGGUACCUCCAGUAGUACCGGCACCUGCACCUCCAGUAGCACCACCGGUACCAGUACUUCCAGUUCCAGUGCCUCCACCGAUACCAGCAUCCUUAAUAGCCUGA